UCGUGCUUUUUAUUUUUCAAAAUAGCAAUCUAAUUAUUAACUAAGUUAAGUGUUUCCUGCGCGGAAUGUUCUUAAAGUUUCUGUUGUAACAAUGGAAGGUGAUAAACUGCUAAUGGCAGCGGGUGUAACCGCUGCUGUUGUCGUUGGUGCCUUUGUGUUUUGGGGCCCCUCUGGUUCGUCAAGAUUGCGUCAGAGGCGAGGCCAGAUUGCUGGGUUGCAUAAUUUUGGAAAGACCUGUUUCCUCAACACUUUGCUGCAAGCUUUAGCAGCAUGUCCCCAAUUUAUAGCCUGGCUUCAGCUGCACAAUACCAAAGAUAAGAAAAGCCUAGUCAGCUCGCUGCAGAACGUGCUGGAGGUGGUAAACGGGACGCAUCCUACCCUUCGUGGUGACCCGUACUCUCCGGGGGCGGUAAUCAGGGCCCUUCACUCGUUGGGCUGGGUUAUUCCGCCGGAUGAGCACGAUACCCACGAACUUCUUCAUGUGCUGUUGAAUUCCUUGGAGGAGGAGGUGACUAAGCCGAAGAAGAUUGGAUGCCUUUCGGACGCCCUUGGUGAGUUGGAACUACAAUCAAUUAUGCCUCCAGCUCGGCCAUCAAGCGCAAUGCUUUCGGACUUUGCCAAUGCUGAAUACGAUGAAUCCACCAAUUUAACGCGGUAUACGCGUUCUGAGGCACAUACUCCGGACUCUCCUCAUUCAACCUGUACGGAAACUGAGGAUUCCAUGGCCGUACAGGAUGGAUCACUGAUGGAUUGCGCGGGUUCGCCACCAUCGAUUAUUUCUACUUUUUCUGGACGUCCUAGUCGGCCGAAAUCGAUCCUAGCCACCGAGAUGACUGGAAAUGGUACGCUAAAUAAAAGAUCUUCAGGAUCGUGCAGAUCACUAGAACGAUUGACACGGGGACCAGGGCGUGUCUCUGUUUGGGGUGACAGACAACAGAUUCAAGUGCCCCACCCCUUUCGAGGAGGUCUCAGCAGCCAACUUUGUUGUUCCGGGUGUGGCUAUAAGUCCGUUGUUCGAUACGACAAAUUUGAUAGUAUUACUCUGUCACUUCCGGAAAUUAAAAAUCCCGGAAUUUCGAUUGGUAAUUUGCUGACGGAGUUUAUACAGCCGGAAACAUUAAAUGGAGUCCAGUGCGAGUCGUGCAAUGAAACUACUACGCACACAAAAACGCUCACUUUCAGUAAAUUACCGUCGUGUCUGUGUGUUCACAUUGCACGUACAACGUGGCUUCCGAGUGGACAUGCCUACAAGCGGCAGGAUUUCGUUCAUUUUCCGGAGACCCUUUCUAUGGCUCCGUACAGCUUCGUGCAGCCCAGUUUGAACAGCGCAAUGAGCACUCCGUGGGGAUCGACGAUGUCUCUUUACUCCGCUAGCCUGGGGGCGGCUGCCUACGAGGCAUCGGUGGUCGGUGGAGGAACCGAGCAGUCUACGCCGGUAGGUUCGGUAGGAAGUGCGUUCAACUUCGGAUCGUACACAUUCGGUGCAAUGUUUCCGAAAAACCUGUACCGUUUGCUAGCGGUAAUCGUGCAUUCUGGGGAAGCCAACAGUGGACAUUUCGUAACUUACAGGCGCGGUGCAUUGCGAAACUCUCACAAGUGGUACUAUACAUCGGAUACCGUUGUAAAAGAGGUUACUAUUGAGGAAGUGCUAAGCAGUUCGGCUUACAUGAUAUUUUACGAUCGUGGACCGUCGUCCAAGUAUAACCAGUCGGCCGGCGGAAGUGGACCACCCGGAAGCGGACAAUGAAAAGCUUGCGCAAUGACAUCCAACCAAGAGCAAUCGGCGAUCAUCAAAAGUCGGGCCAGUGGACUCGCGGGUUAAAUUCUGUUUGGAUUUGUAGUAAGUAGUGCUGUUGAAAAUUGUUGACUUCUCGCCAAUUAACCACCACCACUGAAGAUCUAUCUAGUCCUUAGAUUUCGGAGCCGAUUUCUGCGAAUUACUGAUAUACCUACCGUUCUAGCAAUAGGUCUAAAUGAGUACUGAUUUUCUUACUACUCAACUGUUUAACUGCAGCGUAAGGGAAGCGGAAGAUAUUUCAAUUUGAUAUUGUUUAUAAUUUUUAUUUAAUUAGGAUAAUUAUUCAAUUAUAAGACCGGUAAGUAAUCUAGUGUUACUUCUACCUCGUAAUUCUAAUUUUUUAAAGACAUGUAGCGAACUAUUUUUCAACUGGCUACUGUUAAAUUGCAGAUUGUUUUAAUUUAUCAUUUUGUUAACAAAAAACUACAUAAAUGCUUACUGUGAACAUUGCAAAAUUGGAUAAACCGGAAAAUUACGAUAUUCUCACAAAUUAUUUUUUAUAAAAUGGGUCACAGUUCCAGGAUUUUAUGAAAUUUUGUACGGGAGCAUAGCCAAUGGACUUAUAAAUGAGAGUAGUCUUUAAAAAAAAUUUCACAUUUCCCAAAGUUUUCCAAUUUGUUUGGUCAUCUGGUCAUUACUCAAAAAAAUCAUAUAUCAGGAACCAGAAAAAAUCGUAAUUUUCAUAAACAAAUUUUCUCGGCAAUCAGAGAAAAAUAUAUCAGCAAACAAUUUUUUUUUCAAAAUUUUCCACAGUGCAGUGGUGGAAAACUGCAAAGAAUGUUUUUUUUCGCCGAUCUUCGAAAUUGCAACAGUAAAAAUUUCACGAUAGGUACUGUUUUUAUUUGUUUUUCCGACCAAAAAACUAACGAUUAACAAUAUUGUAUAACAUUUCGGCGAACGUCACGUCGCGGAAAACGUUCCAGCGUAAACAACUUUAAUUACAAUUUAAAGUCAUAACAUUCUGCCGCUCUCUUGAAAAACCAACGGUUGUACCGUAGACCGUACAUGCCGUGAUUUGUCAAGUAAUAGAAAUCCCUAACUUCACAGAGUUCUUAGUUGUAUCUGUAGUCGAAUAUUGUUGAGCAAUGCUGGGCAUUGCUCUGUUCUGACUGUUCUAACAUUGAAUCCGACACCGGAUUACUGUCCAAAUUUAUAAGUUGGCAACGACUUUCGUAGUAGCAGUGUAACCGACAACCCAGCCGCGGAAGAGGUUGGUUUCUACAUUGAAGAGCAAAACGUACAAAUUUCCGUUGAUACAGCAUCGAUACGAAGCUUCUGGAGAUGUGGAUUCCAAAUUUGAACGCACCAGUGAGCGGUAUGAAGACCUAAGCCAAUAGAUGCCCAAGUAACAACGGUAGCUGAAUUGCAAGAGCAAUUGCUGUUUACAGGUUGGUUUAAGGCGAUCCAAGUUGCAUAAAGUAAGCAGUUGAAUGGUGUUUGAACAAGUGAUGUUUAAGCUACUUUGAGCUCUCUCCAAAAAGCUGAUGAACAAGCUUGAUAGAGAAUUUUUCUGCUAAUUAAUCCGUUCCUAAACAUCCACAGACAUUAAACUGUUUUGGGGUUGCUUAGAGGUGUGAAAAUGGCUUUACAAACUAUUAUCAAACAUUUAUUCGGCUCACAGCACAUAUACUGCCAGAUCAUAGAAUUUCACAAUUCCUACAAGUACCUACAAACGAUAACAGCGAGCCGGCUCCCGAUCUCGAAGAGAUCCGGCGAGAAAUCGUCAGCUGUAGAAUAAUAGAGCCGCCGGACAGGACCGGCUCCCGGCAGAGCUCCGCAAAAAAUGGCCAAGUACCGCCAGCAACGGAACUUCAUUGGAUAAUUUCUAGAAUUUGGGAGGAGGAGAAACUACCGGAGGAGUGGAUGGAAGGUGUAGUCUGUCCCAUCUACAAAGAGGGCGACCGGCUAAUUUGCUGUAAUUAGCGCGGCAUCACGUUGGUCAACGCCGCCUACAAGGUGCUCUCCCAGAUUUUGUUGCGUCGUCUAUAGCAUAUAGCUAUAGCAAGAGAAUUCGUAGGGCAAUAUCAGGCGGGCUUUAUGGGGGCCUGUGCUACUACGGAUCAAAUUUUUACUUUGAGAUAAAUCCUCCAGAAAAGUCGAGAGUACAACAUGUUCACGCAUCAUAUUUUCGUGGAUUUCAUGGCAGCAUACGAUACGGUUGAACGAGAACAGCUAUGGCAGGUAAUGCACGAGUACGGGUCAAAGCUACUCGGGAGCGAGUGAUGCGCUACGUGCGCGUUUAGGGGACGCUCUCGCGUUCUUUCGAAUCGCGCGGAGGGUUGUGGCAAGGGGAUGAACAGUCCUGUAUGUUAUUCAAUAUCGCUAAUGAAUGUGUGAUCCGGUGAGCGGGCAUCGAAACGAGAGGAACGAUCUUCAGCAAGAGUAGGAAACUUCGCAGACGACCUCGACAUCAUUACUGGAAACCUUGCGACGGCGGAGGCAAUCUACGUCAGACUAAAAACGGAGGCUAGGAGGAUAGGGUUACAAAUCAAUGCGUCGAAAAUCAAAUAUACGGUAGGAAGAGACUCCAGAGAAAGCAACGUUUGCCUCCCACGGAUUGAUGGUGAUGAACUGGAAGUGGUUGAUGAGUUCGUAUAUUUGGGAUCUAUGGUUACUACCGACAAUAAUACGAGUCCAACCAACGACGCGCGAAAGCGAUCCAACGACGCAUUCAAGUUGGAAAUCGAGCCUCUGUUUUUCACCAGUUAAUAUUUCAUCUGUACUUACAACAAACAGAAAAAUAAAUUCAUAACUUUAUAUAUCAAAUAGUAGUGUGGAGGAGUAGUCAAAAGUUCAGUGCGACAACAGGAACAGUGAGUCAACGGGAAUAGGUACGCCAUAAAAUAUUCAAGAUCCAUAAUCUUUUCAUGGAGAGUGAAGUUUGUGAAUCCCCAUCAAAUAAUGUAGUUUGAGAAAAGUUUGUUGAUUAUUUUCCUCGGCUAAACAUUCCGCAAUUGGAUAACCCGCAAGCUGCCGAGAGCAAUGCCACGAGAGAGAAUUUCACCAAGUAUCGACGAGCGCGGAAUUGGUUCACAACGAACUUAAGGUCGAGAAAGCGCUAGACAGAGGGCAGCAAAGCAAGGUUUUGGGCUUAAACGCCUUUCUUUAUAGACAGACUUCGCAGCCGGCCGUUAGAGUGCAGGACAACUAUAGGGCUAGUACAAUGGUUCUACUGGCUUUAUCAAGCAAACACCAGCUAGCCGAGAUUCGAACGUACGACGAGCCCGAUCUUGAAGGUAUCGGGUAGCUGGAGAUGAAUGGAAUUACCGGAAAGGACAGACUCCCGACAGAAGUCUUCCAGUAUGAUAAAGACACACUUGUAAUGGGACUUCAUUGGGUAAUUUACAGCAUUUGGCAUCAGAAAUUGAGGGACACAACGUACUUGAGUGUUAUACCGCGAAACAGUCUACCGUAUACAAAUAGUGUACUGACUGCGCCAAAUGGUUUUCCGCUCAAUGGGAUUUACCGCUGGACGAUUUUCGCCGAAAUGGCAUACCGCCCACCGUGAUAUGUACUUCUGCGAAAUGUUAUACAAUCGAUUAACGACUGCACGGUCUUAGUGAUUUCAAUAUUGACUAACGUUUUCUUAAUGCAACAGUAUAAAAAACUAACAGAAAUAUUGGAAACCUCGGUAGGUGUAUUCAGGAAAUCGAUUACUAACGGUUGAAAGUUCUCAAACGAAAUGCAAAAUUAGCAUCAACAUUUUGGGAUUUGAAUUAUCUUACAUUUGCUACGAACAUCUUACAAUAAUUACUUCUAAGAACUCGGAUGGCAGUGCCAUGUAUGCAGCAUACCACUAGGUUUAGAGUCACUUAACAGGAGGAACAUGCUAGAAAUCUGAGUGGGAAAAGGAUGUUAACAAUGUUGCUUAGUUUGUGUUAAUCCUUGAUGAUAGUUUAAACUCACACGCCCUGGCUGUGGAAAAUUGUUUUCAUCUUUCCUAGAGGUUGUUUCACUGAUUGAAACCACCCCCAAAGAGGAAGCAAAACCGAUCGAUAAUUAUAAUUGCACUCGCUUAAUAUCAUUCAUAUACGAUGCUAUCUAUUGCAUUUACCUAUGUAUUAUAUUAUAUACUAUAAGAGUAGCGCAAAAACUUAUUGUUGUUUAACGCGAUUAUCGAGAGCGUAUAUCUGGCGUUUGGGCAAAAUCAAAAUGCAUGUGGUAGUUUUAAGAAGUCCGGCGAAAACACGAAAAACUAUGCUUGAAUGUCUCAUAAAUAAAUGUUAU